AUGGCGACUGCCAGUAAUCCCAUGCCGAUUCCGGCAAAGACAACACAGUCAGAACUGUCACAAUCAGUGGAAAGUGCAUUAGAAGAUCUGGAAAUGAAAUACACAUCACCUCCAGAUGAUAUUGAACCUGGUAUUAUGUUUGUGAGUUUUUAAAAAUUUAGGUAUAAUUUUAAGUCUAAAUUAUUUUUUUGGUAAUUUAAAGAAAGUUCUUGCCAUUUUUUGUUUUGUGAAGGAAGUUUUUGCCAUUUUUUGUUUGUAAAGAAAGUUAUUGUCAUUUUUUGUUUUGUAAAGAAAGUUCUUGCCAUUUUAUGUUUUGUAAAAAAAGUUCUUGCCAUUUUCCGUUUUUUAAAGAUAGUUUUUACCACUUCUUUUUUUUUAAGUUGGUAUGUCUUUACAAGAUGAAAUGAGACAGUUUUUAAAACUUUGACGAAAUGUCACAAAAUGUAUCGAUUUUUGACGAAGUGUCAAAAAUUUUAUUGGAUUUUUAAAAUGAUUACAAAUUCUUUUAAAAACACGAUUUUCUGGCAUUUUUGGCUUUGUAAACAAAGUUUUUGCUAAAAUUUUUAUUCUCCAGCUAUCUUCCUCACCGCCAAAAGGAGCCUGUGUAAAGAAACUACGUACCAUAAUUCUGUCACAUCAUGACGUAUCAGAACUAGGUGACAUGAAUAUGGUAGCUCAAACAUUGAAAAAUGCACGGGAUUUGGAUUUAAGUCAUAACCAGUUGGCUGACUGGUCGGAAGUUGUUGGUCUAUUGCGGGUAUUGCCAAAAUUGAAUAGUUUAAGUCUAAGUUUUAAUCCGUUGAACAGUGAAAUUGGCACAAAGUUCAAUGAUUUUCAACAUGAUUUGGAACGAUUGGAGCUGAAUGGUGUGGUACUUAGCGAAGAGGCUUUAAAGUACGUUUAAAACAAGAUAUUAGGUGCCGACAUAAAGAACUCGCCACAAGAAAAUUUAAGGAAUUUUAUUAUGUAAUUUCUGGUAAAAAAUGGCGUUUUCCUUAUGUCGGCCUCUAAUAGACUAGGGUAUCGUAGGAAAAGCUACUUUGGGAGAACAGAGUAGGAGAGGGUAGCGUAAGAUAAGCUACUCCGGGAAGACAGGGUAUGAGAGGAUAGCUUAGGACAUGAAGUUAAAGCACAGUAUAAGCAAAAAACUUUUAUAGCACGAUUCUAAAAGCUUUUCCUCGUCUAAAAGUGCUCCAACAUUGUCUAGUACCAAUCGAGCAUCACAUCAACCCUUCAGUAUCAUCGUGCAACUUAGAAAGUGAAAAAGAGAACAACUCUUCAUCGGCCCACCCCCUAAGAGACCUAACACUACAACAUUGUCAAGUUAGCUCAUGGGAAAAAGUUUUGAAAUUCGCUUCGAAAUUUGAAAAUUUACAAUUUUUGGACUUGAGCAAUAACCAAAUUAUUCAAAUUCAACCAGUCGACGACAGGCUGCAAAAGUUGAAAAUCCUUUGCCUCAAGGCUUGUCCUUUGUAUGGCUGGGAGAGUUUCGAAGCCUUGGCCGACUUUCCAGUACUAGAAGAUCUGAGGGUGACAGAUGUACCAUUCUUGGACGAAUUCAAUUGCGAUCUUAAAAAUAAUUUACUCAUUCCAAGGAUUCCGAAUUUAAAGGUAAGCUUAUCAAGUUUUACCCUACCUUACUUGACUUUAUCAAUUUUUUUGGUGAAAGUUUGGCUUAAAAUCUCUUAAAAAUCAAUUUCCAGCUUCUAAACGGCUCAGAAAUCACGCCCCACUACCGUGAAGGCUGUGAGCGAUCCUUCAUUCGCUUCUACCAAACUCACGAUGUCAAACCAAAAAUCUACAACCGGCUGGUCGCUCUACACGGUAAUGUGGAGCAACUGGUCUUUGUCGACUUUACCCCCAAAGACACAGUGACCACAAAGUUGAGAUGCCCUGAAACUAAUCGUCGAUAUACGGUGAAACACAAGCUACACAUUACAGUAUCACAGUUUUUGGCAGCCAUUUCAAAGGCUACUGAUAUACCCAUGAAUUUACUUAAAGUACUACAUGUUACUCCGCAGUAUCCUACGCGGCCGCCAGAUGAGCUGCGGGCUUCGAAUUUGUUCUUCGACACGUUGAAAGUUGAGGAUGAUGACGAAUUUCAUGUUUUCGUAAGUUUUGACGAUAAAAAAAGACGAAAUGUCACAAAAGUUAUUGAUUUUUACGUAUAUUAUUAAAUAGUACUCAAAAUGUCGAAAAUGGGUAUUUACAAAAAACUAAAGUUUCGAUUUUACAACAGUCGAAAAAAGUUGUGACGAAAUGGCAAUUUAGCCAAAUUGUCGCGAAAUGUCACUAAAAAUAUCGAUUUUUUAAAACGUAUUCAAAAUGAAUAUAACAGUUGUAUAUAACGUUUUUUAGACCAAAAUAGUAGCACCAAAAAGAGCAAGAACCACUUCCAAGUCUGGCAUUUAA